GUUCAUCUUUAUUUUCUCUCCCUCUCUCACUUUCCUGGAGAGUUUUCGUUUGGAAUUGAUUUAAAUUGUUAUUUCCAUUAAUUGCCAUCAAUCUAUUUGGUCUAAUGAUCAGUGAUUGUCAAUUGAUCCAUUAAAACACUUUAAUCAGUUCCAGUGAAAAUUGUGAUUUGAAUCUUUGCCUUUGUUGUCAAUCUGAAGCCUCAAUCACCCAAUUGAUUAACCAGUUUUUCCCUAUUUUUAUCAAAUCAUAAUCUCGAUAUUAUUUUAUCAUUUGAAAUCAUCAUUAGAGAUUUGAUCUCGUCUUCUUCCUCUGUGAAUUUGCUUAUGUGUCGCUGGUGAUUUUGUUUUCCUUUCCUUCAAAUGGACCAACUAACAUUUUAUAGUAAAAUUGCUUGGGAAUAUAUUCAACCCUAUGCUGAGAUAGUUCAAGAUUCAUUGCAAGUACAAAAAUCGAGGUUCAACUUUAUCGCUGGUAAACAUGAGCCUUUUACUUUGGUCGCCGUUACUUCAAUCGUUUGGUUUAUUCUGGUCAAAAUUUGGUUAACCUUUAAACCCGAUGUCAAUGAAGACUACUGGUCAAUAUUUAAAAGAAAGUUGACCCAAGUUGUACUCAAAAUUCCUGGUAUCGGGUCACUUGCCAGGAAGGAGAUUAAUAAGGUUUUAGAUGUGAUUGAUGAAGAGCUGAUGGGCAUCUACAAGAAUCGACCUUUUCAGACCAAUUUACCCGACCGAGGAUUAGAUGUAAAUAAAGUGAUGGAAAUGGUUGACAAUUAUUUGUCAAUUGGUUCAGUCAAAUGGCAGGAAGGAAGAGUUUCUGGCGGAAUUUACAGCGAUCAAAAGAUACGGCGUUUAGAUUUGAUGGCUGAUGUUUACCGGAAAACGGCUUAUACUAAUCCGUUACAUGCCGAUGUUUUUCCUGGUAUCAGGAAAAUGGAAGCCGAAAUUGUUAGAAUGACAUGUAACCUUUACAAGGGAGGACCUGAUGCUUGUGGAGUUGUUUCCACCGGGGGAACGGAGAGUAUUGUCCUAGUUGUAAAAGCUUAUCGAAAUUACGCCAAAUAUGUUAAAGGAAUUCGUAAUCCUGAGAUAAUAGUGCCAAUCACUGGUCAUCCUGCUUUCGACAAGGCUGCAGAGAUUUUAAAAGUACAAAUUCGUCAUGUUCCUAUUGACCCGGAGACGAAAAAAGUUUACAUCCGAAAGAUGAGAAGUGCCAUUAACAGUAAUACCUGUUUACUUGUUGGAUCCGCUCCAGCAUUUCCUCACGGUAUUUUUGACCCAAUCGAAGAGAUCGCCAAGUUGGGUCGACGUUACAAUAUCCCAGUCCAUGUGGACGCUUGUCUUGGGGGAUUUUUGAAUCCAUUUGUGGCUGAGGCUGGUUUCAAAGUCGACGAGAGAUUUGACUUUAGUGUCUCUGGAGUAACAAGCAUCACCGCUGAUACGCACAAAUAUGGUUACGCUCCCAAAGGAACCUCUGUAGUUAUGUAUGCCAAUGAAGAGCUAAGACGUUACCAAUAUUUCGUUACACCCGACUGGCCUGGUGGCCUUUAUGCUUCCCCAACGAUUCUUGGUUCCCGUCCUGGUGGUGUUAUUGCUGAUUGUUGGGCUAGUCUCAUGUAUCAUGGACACGAGGGUUAUGUCGAGAAGACUAGAAACAUAAUCGAGGUUACCCGAUAUUUUAUUAAAAAAGCCGCUAAAAUUGCUGGUAUCAAGAUUUGUGGUUCACCCAAAUUGUCUGUGGUCGCUUUGUAUUCAGAUGAUUUCAAUGUAUUCCAACUGAGCGAUGGUCUCACUCAGAAGGGCUGGAACGUCAAUGUCUUACAAUUUCCUUCGGCUUUUCAUAUUUGCUUCACUCAGAUGCACACGGCUAAAGGGGUUAUUGAGACUCUUUUGCAAGAUAUUGAGGAAAUUGCGACAAAACUUUACGCUGAUCGAGGUAAAUACGUCAAAUUGGAUGGACAAGCCGCUCUUUACGGGAUGUCCCAAAGUAUUCCAGACAGAUCACUUGUCUCUACUUUCGCCAAUCAUUUCAUUGAUUCCUAUUACUCGACUAAAUACAAAUAAUUCUUAUAAAUCCUCUAGAAAAACACUCAUGUCAUUGAAAUUUUAAUUUAAUAAUAAAAAAGUUAAUAUUCUUAAACCAAA